AUGCAACAAAUUCCUCUCCAUUUUGUAGGUACGCUGUUGGACUUAUCCAGCCGUCCGUGUUGUAACAUCCUGAGAAGCAAGCACAGCCUUUCAACACUACCAUUUUUCAACUUAUGGACCAUUCUUGCCGUUUUGACUUUUCCUUGCUGCGUGCAAUGCCUCAUUUUCAAAGUCGGGGUCGUCGGUCCUUGGAAUUGCGACCCUGUUUAUUCCAAAACGUUACCUGCUGUAGCUUCAAAGUUAGCCAUUAGUAGAAUAAACAAGGAUGUUACUUUGGACCUGGGUUGUACGAUGGACUUUGUGGUUCUCCAAGAACCAUGCGAAACGUCGAAAGCUCUGACGACGUUUGUGUAUUAUGAAAAAGAAGCCGACGCUAUCGUGGGACCUGGAAAUCCAGGAUACUGUAAUGCAGCGACGCUCAUGGGCAAGAACUGGGAUAAAGCUAUUUUUUCAUGGGCCUGCAUCAACUACGAGCUCGAUCGAAUUCAGAGCUACCCAACGUUCGCUCGGAUCUUGCCGUCGCCUACACGGGUGCUUUACACUGUUUUAAAGUAUUUUAGUUGGGCCAACAUCGGCAUCGUGUCCUCUAACGAGGAUAUAUGGGUCGACACGGCUAGCAAACUAGCCAGCUCCCUCAGGAGUCAAGGACUUCCCAUAGGAAUUGUUGCCUCAAUUGGAAAUAAUGACACAGACAUGGAGAAUGCACUGAGAAACAUCCAGAACGCAGGGGAAAUCAAAGUUAUCAUCAUGUGCAUGCAUUCAGUGCUGAUUGGUGGUGAAAAGCAGCUGAAUUUCCUGCUAAAGGCCUAUGACAUGGGGUUAACAAGUGGCAGCUAUGUCUUUUUACCUUAUGACACUCUACUCUACAGCCUGCCCUACACCAAUAUCUCCUAUUUUACAAUUCUGAACAACCCCAAGCUACGAACAGCAUACGAUGCUGUGCUCACCAUUACGGUAGCAUCAGAUCUGAUGUCCUUUAGUCAGGCCUUUAAUAAAGCCAAAGAACAGCGGGAGUUAAGCGUUAGCCAGGAUGCUCAGCAGGUUUCUCCCCUUUUUGGUACAAUCUACAAUGGUUUUUAUCUCCUUGCCAAAGCCAUGCAUAACACCAGAAGAGCCGGCCAAUGGUUCUCAGGAACCAACCUGGCUUUCUACACACGGAAUCUGACAUUUCCUGGCUUUAAUCAGAACAUCCAGAUUGACUCACAGGGUGAUGGACAGACCAACUACGUCAUCUUGGACACGGAUGGCUGGGGGACUGACCUCUACCUUACCUAUUUGGUGGACCUUGGCUCAAACAUGGUGCGCUAUGCUGGCAGGUCCAUCCACUAUCCUGGGGGUUCUUCUCCUACUGCUGACUCUAGCUGCUGGUUCAGUCCUAAAACCAUCUGCACUGGAGGUGUGGAUGUAAUCUACGUCAUCAUAGUGUUUGCAAUUAUCUUCAUUUUCAUUGUCGGUGCCAUUGGGAUAAGUCUGUUUAUUAGGAGGCGAAUCCAACAACUCCAGCUGGUGAAAGGUCCCAACAGGAUCUUGCUUACUCUUGAAGAUCUCAGUUUCAUCAAUCCCCAGCUUAGCAAACGGAAAAUCACCCUGGAGGAACUCAGUGACUCCAAAAGCGUUGCUGAUGAGAAGAGCGUGAGGUCGGCUGAACACUCAAUCAACAGUCUGGCAACAGCAACUCAUGAGACCUCCAACGUUGCUGUCUAUGAGGGUGAUUGGGUGUGGCUCAAGAAGUUUGAGAAGGGUCAAUUCAAGGAAGUCAAGCAGAGUACCACCAAAAUAUUUACUAAGAUGAAGGACCUCAGGAAUGAGAAUGUUAAUCCAUUUCUUGGGUUCUUCUGUGACUGUGGCAUGUUUGCUGUGGUCACUGAACACUGCUCAAGAGGAAGUUUACAGGACCUCCUGCGCAAUGAUGAUGUUAAACUAGACUGGAUGUUUAAGUCCUCUUUGCUUUUGGACCUCAUCAAGGGAAUGAAAUAUCUUCACCAUCGUGAAUUCCCUCAUGGCCGACUGAAGUCACGUAACUGUGUUGUGGAUGGGCGAUUUGUGCUCAAGAUCACAGAUUACGGUUUCAAUGAGCUUCUUGAAUCCCAGAAAGCUCCAAAGGAGGAACAUUCACCAGAAGAUCUAUUCUGGACAGCUCCUGAGCUUCUCAGGGACCCUGAGAGCCCUCGAAAAGGGACUUUUAAAGGUGAUGUAUAUAGCUUCGCGAUCAUACUCCAAGAAGUAGUCGUCCGUGGUGCUCCGUACUGCAUGCUUGGGCUACCCCCUGAAGAGAUCAUUAGGAAGGUGAAGAAACCUCCCCCUAUGUGCAGGCCUACGGUUGCUCCAGACCAAGCUCCCCUAGAGUGCAUCCAACUGAUGAAACAAUGUUGGAGUGAACAGCCUGACAGGAGACCUGCCUUUGAUGAAAUAUUUGAUCAGUUCAAGCUUAUAAACAAAGGCAAGAAGACCAACAUCAUAGACUCGAUGUUGCGCAUGCUGGAGCAGUACUCCUCAAACCUUGAAGAUCUAAUCAGAGAAAGGACCGAAGAGUUGGAGAUAGAGAAACAACGGACAGAGAAACUACUGUCUGAAAUGCUCCCGCCAUCUGUGGCUGAGGCACUGAAAACAGGUGCGACGGUGGAGCCAGAGUACUUUGACCAGGUUACCAUCUACUUUAGUGAUAUAGUGGGUUUCACAACAAUCUCCUCACUCAGCGAUCCAAUCGAGGUUGUAGAUCUGCUCAAUGACCUCUAUACACUAUUUGACGCAGUGUUGAGUAACCAUGAUGUAUACAAGGUGGAAACCAUUGGAGAUGCCUACAUGGUCGCCUCAGGGCUUCCAAAGAGGAAUGGGAAUAAGCAUGCAGCUGAGAUUGCCAACAUGUCCUUGAACAUCUUGAGCUCUGUGGGAUCUUUUAAAAUGCGUCACAUGCCAGAAGUUCCAGUCAGGAUAAGAAUAGGCAUUCACUCAGGGUCAUGUGUUGCUGGAGUUGUGGGUCUAACAAUGCCUAGAUACUGCCUUUUUGGUGAUACAGUCAACACCGCCUCUCGUAUGGAAUCUACGGGAUUGCCUUAUAGAAUUCAUGUGAACAUAAGCACUUUGAAGAUUCUCCAAUCACUGAAUGAGGGCUAUCAGAUCGAAGUUAGAGGAAAGACCGAGCUUAAGGGUAAAGGGAUUGAAGAAACAUACUGGCUCGUUGGGAAAACGAACUUUAAUAAGCCUUUACCGAAGCCUCCUGAGAUCAAAGCAGGGGAUAACUGGCAGGACAUGGUGACAGAAGAGAUCAAGGCGAUUUUCCGGAAAGCAAACAGACAAGUGGACAAGCCCAAAAUCUGAAAGCGAAGUAGAAAGACACAGGAAAAAAAUGACAAAGACGAAGGAGAAAGAAUAUAGGUUGGCUGGCAGAGACCUAUAGGAGUGUGUGAGUGUGUAUCCGUCUGUGAUUGCUGCAGCUUACAGAGACUUCUUUAAUAGGAUUGACCCUCGUCUGUCUAAUCUGCCUCUGGCCAGCACAGCAAAAAGAGCAGCACGCUAAUGAAAUGAGAGAUGAGGGAAACAGGGGAUCAGAGAGAGUGUGUUCUUGCUCUGGAUGAACUGCAGGCACCGGUCAUUUGCUUUGGCCACCAAGUGGCUCUUUGCUCAUAUACACUCAGGUUUUGUCCAUCAUCAAGAUCUCAGAGAUCAGAUAUAUUUAUGCUAAUUAAUUAAUAAU